GGACGAGAUGGCAGCGAUCUCGAUCAAUCUGGGCGACGAGAGCUUGGUACGAGAAAGAUAGCGUUCAACAAUGCGAUUCGCGAAAUGAAAUGGACCAGCGCCAUUUGCAGCGCUGGCAAAAAGUUACGGGCUGCGUCUCCGUCGUCGGCGAGGUAUCUUCAGAGACAAAAAAGUGAUCCAUUCGUCAAAGGCCGGAAAUCGGCACCCGCAUUAGGCAAUGCAUUGCAGGACGGCCCCUAUCGCUCGCGGUCGGCAUUCAAACUUCUGCAAUUGAACGAGCGUUUCAACAUUUUGCAAGCCUCAUCUGAGGCAAAAGCGGGAAGGCCACGCGUCAUUGUAGACCUUGGCGCCGCGCCGGGAGGAUGGACUCAAGUUGCCGUGCAGGCGUGUGCCACUACCGCUAGGCCUCCUUCAAAGAGCACACUGUCGCCAUGCAGGUUAUUCGCGCUGGACAUCCUGCCCAUGGACCCUAUACAGGGCGCCACGGUGCUUCAGGGUGACUUUUUGGAUUCAAAAGUGCAGGACGAGUUACGACGGCAGGUAUUAGCAGCAUCCUCCACAUCACUGCCCCUGGGAGAGAAGGAAAACAGUGCAGAGGGUGCAGGGUGUGAUGGGUUUGUCGACGUUGUGCUGAGCGACAUGAUGGCCAAUACGACAGGCAAUCCGAUCCGCGACACGGUGCUAUCGCUCGAUUUGGUGACAGCAGCCUUCCAAUUUGCCAGCUCGACGCUCUCGCGACAACCCAGCUCCUGGUUUGUGAGCAAGGUUUUCCCUUCGGCCGACUCGGAUGAGUUUCUGCGCCUCACGUUGAAGCAGCGCUUCGACCAUGUCAGCAUCGUCAAGGACAAGAUCACCGCUAGUCGGAAAGAGAGCAGAGAGGUGUUUUGGGUUGCGAAGGGCUUUAGAGGGUAGGUCCUAAAUACACACGACCCGUCGACGCUCUUCGCAAAGUAGGCAUUCAUAUAUCAUUGCUGCAGUCAGUAAAAGGAUGAAAGGAGAAUUACAAUGACAUUGCGU